CUAUCCGUUUUCGCUACAACCACUUGAACUCUGGCAAAGUCCCUGACGUGCCAACGAAACAAUUAAGUCAACGUAGGACAGACCGCGACAGGCUGCCAGCUCACGAAGCCGGCCGAUCAGGCGCUGUAUUAUAUAUUAUUAUGUGCAGCGAGUAGAAGAUAUGACCUAGCUAAACGCCGGCAUUUCGCGGCUUCACACCAAAGCCGUGCUUGCGGACAUACGGGAUGGCACUGGCGCCGGCUGACCCGGAGAAAGCCCUGCUGGCGCGGGCCCUGCUGGAUCGGGAGCGGCGGGGGCAGCAGCUCGAGGAGGAAGUAAGGAAGCUACAAGGCAUGUUGGCGCAGGGUGUCAGCAGGGAAAGCACUGAGUUCAAGGGGCCAAGGGGCUGGUGCAGCCCAAAACGAUGCACCGCAGUGGCGUCGGCGCGCCCGGCGACCGGCUUGGCUGCCCGGCCAUGCCGGCGCUGCUUCUCUGCUGCGGCAACAGACGGCCGACUUGGCCCGAGAGACCAACUGCCUUGCAACUGUAGCUGCCCGAGCAUAACAACGGCUGCGGCACGACCGGCUGCUAGCCCAGAACCCUGGCGCAGCGCAACAGGAGCGGCAGGCGGCCGAGGCGGCUCUGGGUCUGAGGCGAACAGGCGACCUCAUGCCGCAGACGCCUGGGCGGCUGCGGGGGCUUUCGGUGCCGAUGUGGGUCUGGUGACGGAGCCGGUGGCGGUGCUACGGGAUGUACUCAACCUGAGGCCGGAGCACGGAGCCGGGCGGUGCGGCAGCGGCGGACCCAGCGGCGGGCCAGGCCGGGUGCAGGCAGCGCACGUGGCAGCCACACAGGAGCACCCUGGACCUGAUGGAACAAUAAGCGUUACAGGCACACACGACUGCCAGCAGCACCACCCGCAGCUUGUGCAGGCGGCGGUGGAGGAGCGGCUACGCGGGGCCUACCGGGCCAUGCUACUGCAGCUGCAACACCGCUACGCCACGGAGUGCGAGCGGCAAGAGGAGGCCCACAAACUGCAGCUGCAGGAGCAGGCUGAGGAGCAUACCAAAGUCUUGCGUAACCUGGCGGAGGCGCAUUCGUCGGAGCUCGCGGCGGCGACCAAGCAUUUGGAGCGGGAGGCAGCAGGACGGCGCGCAGACGUGCAUCGACUCGAGGCCCUGCUGUCCGCGGCGCGUGCGGCUGUGGAAAGCAGCCAUGGCCAGUUGGCGGCAGCUCGCGCGGCGGCUGAGGCAUUGCAGGCGCAGCUACAGCUGCAGCGCGCCACACACGAGGCGGAGCUGAUGCACGUUCGCCAGGUGACUAUACCGCUCCAGCACCACGACGAUAUGGUCGCGCAUAUGAGGGCGGAGUGGGAUGCGGCGCUUAAGCAGCGCGAGCGCGACUACGCCAGCCUGCUGCAGCAGCUGUCAGAGCUGAGGCAGCAGAUGAGCAGCGUUGGGGCCAGCUCGGCUGGUGGGGCGAGAGGGGGCGGCAGCAGCAGCGGCGGCACGGGGCCGCGUGACGGCGAGGGCGGAACCGGAAGCAGCAGCAGUGGACCCGGUAGCAGCGACACGGCUGCACGUACAGUUGCCGGGAACAAGGGUGCUGGUGUUAGGCCGGCACAGUCCGGCGGUGGCAGCUGUGGGGAGAACACAGCAGGACAGCUGCCUCAGCUAUGCCGCGAUCACAACGUGCUCGAGGAGGCACAGCCGGAACCGGCGGCGUCCGCAGGCAGCAUUGCGAGAUCCCCGCGACGGCGUGCAGCAACGGCCGAGGACCAACAAGGUGGACAUCCAGCGAGCGCUGCUGCAGACGAGGCAGGUCAGCAACCCUCAACGAUGGGGACGUUGCAUGUGGCGUGUGAGCCUGGAGCCGCCUCCGCAGCUGGCAGCGGGGCCGCCGCGCUGCCGCAGGCACCUCUGCGAUUCCUCAAUUCUGCCCCAGUGGCAGCAGCACCCGAGCUAUACCCGCAUCGCCAGGUACAGCAGCUACGCCACCUGCGGCAGAGCCACCCGGGCCCCUCACUGCCAGGCUCUGGGCCGCCGUCCACCCGUGCCGCGCCCUCGCCAGACCGCCAGAGGCAGCAACAGCCACAUCAGGUUCUGGCGAGUAGGCCGGCAUCUCCUGAUGCUCGCAGCUUCUGCUCGUCCAUUGACCCGGCGGAUGACCUUGGCGCUGCCGUGUUUGAGCUGUCAGAGGACACCCGCCGCACGGCUUUCGGGGCAGCCGCGGCAGCAGCUUCGGAAGCAGCCGGAGCGCCCGACGUCACCCCGCAGAGCAGAGGGCCGGUGGAUCGGCCCACCAGCGCCGGCAGCAUCUCGCUCGGCCGGAUGGAGCGGCUGGUGGAUGCCGUCAUGCGGGGCCCUGACAAAGCAGCAACCUCCAGUGGGCAAGGCCGAUUGCGACGGGGAACAGGAGCAUCAGCUGAGACAGAUGGCAGCUGUGCAGCGGCUGACCAGCCAUGGGCGGGGUCUGCCAGUACUGGGAUCGGGCCGCAGCACAUGGGCAGUCCAGAAGGGCCGAACACGUCGGACGCGACAUUUGGACGCUGGCAGGGACAGCAGCAGGCCGCCUCAACAGGAGCAGCACAGGGAGGCGGCGCAACGCAGCAGACGGGAAGGCGUGUGCACACACCUGACGUUGUGCACGCCAAGGGCCGGUCACGACAGCCCUUCUGCUGUUCUCCCCGCGUGUCGCCCACACGCGAAGACCGCGGCGCACGAGGCGGCAGCUCGCCAUCUGCGACAUGGGGCGCUCGCAGCGGGAACCCAGCUGCUCUGGGCAACGUGCUCAGGUGUCUGCGCUGCGGUCUGAACGACGUUAGCAGCCCCGGCGAGUGCCGCUUCCACCCGGCUCUGCUGCCGCAGCCCGGCAGUCUGGUGUUCUCCCCCGAGUGGCUCACCUGCCAGGCCGCAGGCCACACCUUCGCCACGGCCGGCUGCCUGGUGCGGCCGCAGCACUUCUACACGCCCCACAUGCUGCUGACGGCGCAGAUGCAGCCGCCGCCCGCGGCACAGGGGCUGGUGCAGCAGGGGCAGGCGCUGUCGCCAGCACGACGGACAGGUGCCGUGGCGGGUGUGGGGCGGAGCGCGUUGGCGGGCACAGCACAGGCUGGAGGACCAGGCGCUGCUGGAGCUAGCGGCGGCAGAGGAGGUGCUUCGGCAUCACCGCGGUCGCCUUUAGGGCCAGCGCGUGGGGCAGCGUCCAAUGAAGACGUAGCUCAAGGACCGGCUGCAGGCCCCGCAAGUGGAGUGAGGGGUGUACCGCCUGCAUCUGCCAGCUGGGCUGCUAUAGCGGCAUCACCGUCCCGGCCAGCUCAUGAGCGCAGCGGGGCCGUUGCAGUGACAGGCGACAGGCGGAGUCCGGCUGGAGCUGAGCGCGGCGGGAGGGCUCGAUGGGGUGUUGGGACUGGCGCCGGGGUGUCGCCCCGGGGUCCUGGUCGUGUUGCAUCGGGACGUGGCGUAGGGGACUCGACGUCACCUAGCCCGCGCCCCCGCAACCGGCUACCCGCACCACUGCCGCAGCGCUGAGGCACGCUACAUCACAGUGUGCACCGGGCGGGGGGCAUUGCGUUGCAGGUGUGUGGGCGGGGGGUGUUACGAUGACAAUGUACUGCAGACAGGUGCUGGCCACGCUAGCAGUCGGCAAUGUGUUGUGCCGCAGCUUGGCGGAGGCUGCACUUGGAUUGUGGAAGUCUCGCAAAAGCAACACGGAGGAUGUUGGUUGACACACGGCACGGUGACAGUCAUGGGGUUUUACCAGGGGCCUCGGGCUUCAGACCGGCUGAUGGCUCUGCAGGGUUGGCAAUGAAUCCCGUAGCUUUCCAUGAAUGCGUGUUAUGGAUAACGCCAAGGCAAGAUUGCCCCCAUGUGACCAUGCUUCC